CUAUUAGUCAUGGAGAAUUAUUUAAAUUACCAGUGCGAAGAAAUAUGGGAGCAACGGAUAUUCUCAGUCAGUUCGUAUCAAAACGUGGAAACGCAGCCGGUGGCGAAACAGAGGUGUCAAGCGAACGCUCGCGAGAGGGACCGGACGCAAAACAGCGUGAACAUAGCGUUCAACACGCUGCGCCUGCUCAUCCCCACGGAGCCGCCUGACAGGAAGCUCAGCAAGAUCGAGAUCCUGCGCCUCGCCGGAAGCUACAUCACGCACCUCGACAACCAACUCUACACAGGGGAAAUGGAACAGCCAUGUUUACAAAAGAAUGACGUCAUUGAACGAGAUAAAUCACUAUGCACGUUUUGCUGGUCGGCCGUUAAGAAAGACAAGUCGCCAGCUUGCCACAAUACCAGUUACUGCAAGACACCGCGUUAACAUAACUCAGCCAUUCCAACCUAGUCCAAAAUAAGAUAGAAUUGUAAAUAAUUUAUUUUAUUUUAUAAUCAUAAUAUUUUUAAACUAAUUCAUUCUGUAAGUACAUAUAAGUAUAAGAACAUAAAUUUGUCGAUUUAUUUCCUGAUAUUUAUAUCGUAUAAUAUAAUUUGAGACGACCUCCGUGGUCGAGUGGCGUACGCACCGGUUUCAAGGUGUCG